GCGCAGCCAGAGCUGUGGCGCGGCGGGGAGGGGCCGGCCCGCUGGCCCUGGGGAUCUUUAAAUUCUCCUGCUCUUGGGCGGCCUGUGCUCUUACCUGUUUGUCUGCAGCGAGCGCCUCACCGCUCUGCUCUCCCAAGCACUCCAGUCCUCUACUUUAGGUGGGAGAUGCUGUUGCUCGAUUGCAACCCCGAGGUGGAUAGUCUGAGGCAUCUGCUGGAGACCGGGGCCUCCGUCAACGCACCCCCGGAUCCCUGUGAGCAGUCGCCUGUCCACUUGGCCGCAGGUGGAGGCCUUGCUUGCUUUCUUCUCUGGCAGCUGCAGAGCGGCGCUGACCUCAACCAACAGGAUGUUUUUGGAGAAGCUCCACUACACAAGGCAGCAAAAGUUGGAAGCAUGGAAUGCCUCAGCCUGCUUGUAGCCAGUGACGCCCAAAUUGAUUUAUGUAAUAAGAAUGGGCAAACAGCUGAAGAUCUUGCUUGGUCAUGUGGAUUUCCAGAAUGUGGCAAGUUUCUUACAACAAUUAAAUGUAUGCAGACAAUAAAACCAAGUGAACAAUCCAAUAAAGAUCAUUGUGUUCCAGUGCUCAGACAGAAACGAAGUUUUGGAAGUAAAGAAGAUACAAAUGGGAAAAGGAAGUGUUGAUAUAUUGGUUAUGAAGAGGUGUGGAGAAGGUCUUCACUUCAUGCAGAUUUACUGCUCAGCUACAAGCUAUGGCUUUUGGCUCAUCAAGUGUGUCUAAACACCUUCUAAGAAGGAGGAAAACUUUCUUCUAAGGGAAGAUAACAUUCAAGAAUACAUGUAUUUACAUGCCUGUAACAUUCUGGUUGU